AUGGGGAGGAGCUUCAUACGCUUCCUCUUGGGUUUUCUACCCACUUUUGUUCUUCUGCAAUUGGGUUAUGGCCAGAGUCAACAAGGCUUUAUCAGUAUUGACUGUGGAUCCAACUCUAGCUACACAGAGCCAAUUACAGGUUUAAAUUAUGUUCCAGAUUCAGAGUUUAUCAACACUGGCAUCAUAACAAGUUUACCAUCAAGUAGUGGAUUGUCUAAUGUACAGAAACAGCUAUGGAAUUUAAGAAGCUUCCCUCAAGGAACAAGGAACUGUUACAACGUUCCCGUGAAAGUUGGAACUAAGUAUUUGAUUCGAGCUAGUUUCUUGUAUGACAAUUAUGAUGCUAAAAACAGCGUUCCUGAAUUUGAUUUGCACUUUGGACCAAACUUGUGGGUGAAUGUGAAACUAGAACUCCCAGAGAAUAUCAUACACGAAGAGAUCAUUCACAUCACAACUUCAAAUAAUGCACAAGUUUGUCUUGUCAAUACUGAUAAAGGGACGCCCUUUAUUUCUGCCUUGGAGUUCAGGCCUUUAAAACUAUCAAGCUAUAAAACUGUGUCUGGAUCAUUAGCCACCUACUUGAGAUUGGAUAUUGGAGAAAACAAAACAUUCACUCGAUACCCAGAUGAUGAUUAUGAUCGUAUUUGGAGUCCACCAACCCCGGUGUCUGAAUGGGUUCCAAUAAGUACCUCUUCUCCAGUAAAGAACAACGAUAAUAUAGGGUUUAAAGCACCAUCUUCAGUGCUUAAGACAGCCUCCACAGUGGCAAAUGAAAGUGCACCCAUGAUAAUACCUUGGAGUGAUCCUGAUCAAUCUAUCCAAUUCUAUAUAUACUUAUAUUUCGCUGAAUUUGAAUCAUCCCAGUCUAGAACCUUCAAAAUCUAUCACAAUGAGAAGCUUUUUUAUAGUGAGGAUUUGUCCCCGGCGUAUCUCACAGAAAAUGUCAUCUAUAGCCAAGAACCCUUUCCUAUUAGUGGGAGACAUAUAGUUCAUUUGAUUAGGACUGAAGAUUCAGCUCUCCCACCCAUCUUGAAUGCGCUUGAGAUCUUUAAAGUCAUGAACUUUGAACAACCUACCACAGAUCAAGGAGAUGUCGAUGCUAUUGAAUCCAUCCAGAAAUUUUAUGAGGUUAAAAUAGAAGAUUGGCAAGGAGAUCCAUGUGCCCCAGAAGCAUUAGCUUGGCGGGCUCUUACCUGUGAAUAUGAUGAUGGUUCAAAGCCUCCUAGAAUCACAGGCUUGAACUUGACAUCUACUGAAUUGGCCGGAAAAAUUACGAACAACAUAGCUAAUCUACUAAAGCUCGAGGUUUUGGAUCUGUCAAACAAUAACCUAAGCGGAUCAGUGCCAGAAUUUCUAGCUGACAUGCCAUUCUUGAGGGUUUUAAACUUAUCAGGAAACAACCUAUCUGGACAAGUUCCUGCUGCACUUAUUGACAAAAAGAACAAAGCUUCCUUUUCACUAAGCUUGGAUGGAAACCCAAAUCUGUAUGUGACAGAGCCAAGCGAGAAAAAGAAGAGUACCAAUAUACUAAUUCCAAUUCUAGCAGCAGUUGGUGGUGUUAUUAUCAUAUUGCUGAUUUUAGCUUCAAUCUACUACUACUUUUUCCGGCGAAGAACAAGUUCUAAAGCUCCCGUGAUGGUGAAGCCUCAUUCACCACAAAACUCUGGUUUUGAACUUCAACCACCUGAGCCAUUGGAGCAGCAGCCAAGUCGAAGAUAUUCAUAUGUGAGUAUCUUAGAAAUGACCAAUCAUUUUGAAACGCUGCUAGGUGAAGGAGGCUUUGGAAAAGUUUACUAUGGUCUCAUUGGUAACACUGAAGUAGCGGUAAAGAUAUUGUCUGCAAAGUCAGCUCAAGGUUAUCGAGAAUUUCAAUCCGAGGUUGAUAUUCUGUUAAGAGUUCAUCACAGAAAUUUGACUAGCUUAGUUGGAUAUUGUAAUGAGGGCGAGGAGAAAAUGGGGCUUAUCUAUGAAUAUAUGGGCAGAGGAAACCUCGGAUCACUCCUUUCAGGUGGAAAAGGACAGGUUUUAAGAUGGAAAGACAGACUUCAAAUAGCACUAGAUUCAGCACAAGGUCUGGAAUAUCUGCAUAAUGGUUGCAGGCCACCAAUAAUACAUAGAGAUAUCAAACCAAGCAACAUUCUAUUGAACGAACAUUUACAAGCAAAACUGGCUGAUUUUGGGCUAUCCAGGGCUUUCCCUAUCGAUGGUGAUGCCACCCAUGUGACUACCAAAGUCGCUGGCACUCCUGGCUACCUUGAUCCCGAUUACCACGUAUCAUUUAGAUUAACAGAGAAGAGCGAUGUUUAUAGCUUUGGAAUUGUUGUUAUGGAACUCAUCUCUGGAAGACCCGUAAUACUAAAAACUAGUGAAAGAUGUCACAUAACUAAGUGGGUUGAUUUCAAUAUUAAUCAAGGAGAUAUCCACUCUAUAAUUGACCCGAGAAUAAAAGAUGGUUGCAAUGUCAACUCCGUGUGGAAAGCAGUAGAUAUGGCAAUGGCUUGCACUACUACAGAUCCUACAAAUAGGCCAACAAUGAGCCAAGUUGUGAGCGAACUGAAGGAAUGUCUAAACCUUGAGUUAAACCAACGCGAAGAUCGUCAAGUUGACUCUAUCACAUCUAUUAGCUCGACAUUCGACUACGAGCAUGGUCCUUCGGCAAGGUAG